ACAAUGACAGAUGAUAGUUGAUCUAUCUGUGGGUUGUUAAUUGGUAAUUUAUCAAGUUUUGCCUUAAUCUCCAUUUAUUUGGUUAUUAUAGUCUCGUUAUAAGUAAAUAAUUCAAUUAUUUUAAAGCACGAUGUCUCAGGUGAAGUCCAACAAAAAAUUUAAAUGGGCCUUAGACUUUAAUCCAAAAAACAAAAGUCAGACCUCAGAAAUACUCUCGCCUCCUGGAUAUAGUCAGUCUACUAGCGUCAGUAACGCGGAAUCCUCAAAAGAUACAGAUUCUAACCUUCUUUUGAUAAAAAAAUUGUGGGAUGUCGCUCUCGGACCAUUAAAACAGGUGCCAAUGAAUCUGUUCAUAAUGUAUAUGGCGGGUAACUCCAUAUCAAUAUUUCCAAUCAUGAUGGUUGGCAUGUUAAUUGUGAGACCAGUGAAGGCUCUGUUUUCUACUCAGGGCACAUUUAAAAUGGUAGAAGGCACUCAAGCUGCUGGUCAAAAAUUUGUAUACAUAAUUGGGAAUAUAGUGAACAUACUAUUAGCUCUAUAUAAAUGUCAAAGCAUGGGUCUUUUGCCGACACAUUCGAGUGACUGGUUAGCAUUUGAAGAACCUAUAUUGAAAGCUGAACACAUAGGCGGAGGAUUUUCAAUGUUAUAGGACAAAGUUUUAAUGAAAAAUCAUUAUAUCUAUUGCUACUAUUUAUUUAAGAUCAUUUUAUGUUAGUUAUUUACAGGAAAUAAAAUAUUUCAAAUCUG